AAAAGGCAGUGCGCUGCUGAUACCCGGAUGUUCCACUUGUCACUUACCAAAGCCAUUCUGGCUACGUGGCGGAAAAGGCGGGACUAACUCGAGUGGUUGCAAUCAGCAAUAAAAUAGUCAUUUCCGUCUUUCCAGUGCAGUGAGAAGUAAGCGGAUAAGAGCGACAGAAAAGAUGGCUUCUUCAAUGCCUUUAUGUUUCACAAUUACUACCUGGGUGACUUUCAUCUACUGCACUAAUGCUCUCUGGACACAAGAAAAGCUGCAGCACCAAGCAGUCACACUUACACCUGAUGAGAUCCAGACCGCCCUGUCGCACACAGACCUGACGCAGAUGUGGCAGCGGGACUUGAGGCCACUGCUUGUUACCAGGUAUCCUGGCUCCACAGGCAGCCAGGCUGUGCAGCAGCAUAUUAAAACAACCCUGACCUCCCUUGGAGCAGGCUGGGAAGUGACAGAGGAUAGGUUCAUGUCACAGACACCCUACGGUCCACUCCCCUUCACCAACCUCAUCGCCACCCUCAACCCAUCAGCCAAGCGCCGCCUGGUUCUAGCCUGUCACUACGACUCCAAGUACUACGCUCAGCAAUGGCACGGCAGGGAGUUUCAAGGCGCCACAGAUUCCGCCGUCCCAUGCGCCAUGAUGCUGGAGCUGGCACGAGCCCUUGAUGAAGAGCUGAAAAGUCAGAAGGCCUUCACCCCCAAACUGACCUUACAAUUGAUUUUCUUCGAUGGAGAAGAAGCACUGGUCCAGUGGACCCCUCUUGACUCCCUGUAUGGCUCUCGUCACCUAGCACAGAAGAUGCGGACCACCCCGCAUCCUCCAGGAGACACAAGCACCAAUCAACUGGACGGCAUAGACCUGUUUGUAUUGUUGGACCUGAUCGGGGCUCCCAGUCCUCGCUUUGGUAACCAGUUCCCAAGCACAACGUACUGGCUCUCCCGACUGCAGAACAUAGAAAAGCGACUGCACUUUAUGAACCAACUUGAGAAUCAUCCUGAUGAUGUGGAAUACUUCUGGCCAGAUCGGCCAGUUGGUCACAUUCAAGAUGAUCAUAUACCAUUUCUAAACAGAGGUGUCCGCGUCCUCCACAUCAUCCCCUCGCCUUUCCCUGCAGUGUGGCACUCAUUUGAGGACAACGAGCAGAACUUGGACCGCUCCACCAUUCAGAACCUCAACAAAAUUUUACAGAUUUUUGUUCUGGAGUACCUCAACGCCAGACCUGCCACCCCCACAAUCACUCCUUGAAAACAUUCCGGAUCGCCCGUGUGCGUCUUUUAUCAACACAGUGUUUUUCUUCACUUAUGUUUUGAGAUGUAAAAUCCAGCCUUUGACUGAAACAGGUGCAUUUUUUAGAUUACGAAUGCAGUAAAGUCUGUAUUAGCUUUUGUGUGUACUGUACAGUACAUCGUAUGUGAAACUUACUGCAUGUUGUCCUGCAGUUUCUUCUGUUUGAGGUCUGAAUCCGCAGCAUAUCACCACCCGAGUUAUUCUGCAGAUGUUGGAUGCCCGUGUCACGCCGCAAUCAUCCUUUUCAUUGUGAAUGUGAACACAAAGACAGAGAUGCUGGAACAUAUGUUACAUUUGGAUUUUCUGACAUCUUUUGUGAUUAAUUCAAGUACAGUGGGGAUCCGCACUUUCAAGAUUCAGCUUUCACGGCCCUGCAAAUGUGCUGAUGUUCAUCAAAAAAUAAUAAUUGUUCUUUUAUGUCACCCUGAGUCAGUAAUAAUUUAGAAACAUGAUAAUACUGGUAAAAUGUACAGCAUAUGUGAACCACUGUUAAAAAAACACACACUUUUAUGUUUCACUGAUAUUUUUACAUUAAUCAUUGCGAUUUCGCACUCUGUUUGGCAGUCCUUGAACGCGCCAUAGUUGCUGUGAGGCACAGUUGUGAAACGUAUAAAUAACUUCUGCACCGUGACUCGGAUUCCGUCUGUUCAUCGAUCAUCUUACAUUAUCGUUCAUUGGUGGUGCAUACUCAUACAUUUUAUCGUUUCUAAUGUGUUUAAUAAGUGUGUGAGGCAUAUUGGAGAGAGACUUGGAAAGGUUCUGGAUCUGAAUCUAAUUACAACAAUCACUCCUAUUCCAAAUGAUGAUCCGAAAUCGAAGGAGAACGUCAACAUCAAGCCAGCAGGAAGUUUUGGAGGGGGAGCAAGCCGUCAAAAAUACACAUUAUUAUGUGAGUCUCAAUUACUGGUGAUUUUUGCAAUUUGCUGGUGGUCCUGGAAGGUAACUCCUGUGAAAGGCGGGGAUCUACUGUAUUUGAAGACUGAUUAGGUGGGAGACAGCGUGAAAUGAAUCACUUCCUUGAUAGUCCUGUGUAGCAUGAUUGACUUGUUAUGCUAUCUUAUGUAUGAAUGUUCAACAGAAAUACAUGGUGGAGACUUUAUCAUUAAUCUUAUAAUGUGUGUGUUUUAACUACAGUUUAUGUGACGUUCUCUUCUUGUCAAUAAAUCUCUGCAGUGUUUAUAGAGCUAACCAGUCAUAGGGAGGAAGUAGACUUAUUUGUAUUGUAACAACAUCUUUAGUCCCUCAUAUCCUGUCUUCUUAGACUGUCCAACUAAUAACUUCCUGUGCUGCUUAUUAGCCUGAUGGUAAUAAUAUACAAUACCAGAACUGUUAUUUAUGUAUCAUGGGUCUGAAAUAAAUGUUAAAGAGUUGCAGUUCACUCAGAGUUGCUUGAUCUUAACAUUUUCAGGUGACCUUUUGCUUUUUGGGGACUUUUUCUGUGGUUUAACUUGAAAACAGCCAAGAAAGCAAACACAGUCUUCCUUUUUUUAUGUGGUGGUCAGAUUUUUUUUCAUGCUUAAACUGGAUCCCCGUUCUUUCUCAGCAGACUACAUAGUUCACCUUAGUCCCCCUAAUCCGAUCAGGGUGGCCCUCCCAUGAAUUCCACACUGUCCAAAUCCCUUCAGUCCAGCCCACUCCCACGAGAACGGAGCAUGCCUUUGACUAUGUUUUACUUACUGUAUCAGCAGUGGUGGUUCUAGCUUCAACAUACCACUAAUAGAAAGCCCACAGUUUUUACAUGUUUAUGUCCUUGUUUCAUUGACGAUGUUUUUCAUCAAGCGUCGAGAUUUCGCACUGUAUUUGACUGUCCUUGAACGUACCAUAGUUAUGUGCUAUGAGACAAUGUGAAACAUAUACUGUUGUCGCGGUUAAUUGGUUCCUGACCCAACCAUAAUAAGUGAAUUUCUGCCAAGUGGGAUUCCUUAUUUAUGAAUGGAAUAUUUUCAUAGUUAGAGCAUAGAAAGCCUGUUUACGACCUUCUAAAUACAGUUUUAACAUGAUUAGAGUGCUCUAGAUAUGAGCCAACACCCCUAUAGUCACAUUUACAUUCAUAUUACCCAAUAUAGUUGACAUAAUAAGAGUAAAUAAGCCAUUUAAGACAUAAAACACUUGUGCUCGUGCGUGUUGCCUUUAAUGGGAGAAAAGUGAGUGGCACACAGGAAGUGAGGUCGGUGGUUCUCAGUUGAGUUUCAUCUUGCUGCCGCGACAGUAGCUCGUGUUUUUAUUGGGGAUUAUUGUGCCUGUUGUGAGAUCAUUCAAACCUGCAAUAAAAGCCUGUUGUUCAA